UGCGUGCGACGAAGCUCAGUUGUGAUUUGUGGUGCAGAUGCGGAAGGGAGUUGUGAACUGUCGCAGUUGACGAUUGCAGGGACGAUCUGUAUACAACAUGAGCACCGGAAUGCCAGAACUUGGAAGCAAGAUAAGUUUGAUAUCGAAGGCAGAUAUACGUUAUGAAGGAAGAUUAUUUACUCUCGAUCCACAAGAGUGCACAAUUGCUUUGGCCAAUGUCCGCUCGUUUGGGACGGAGGAUCGGGAGACGCAGUAUCGCGUCGCCCCCCAGAAUGAAGUUUAUGAUUACAUCUUGUUUCGCGGCUCAGAUAUAAAAGACAUUAGAGUGGUGAAUAAUGUCGGACCUCUUCCAAAUGAUCCUGCCAUCGUACAGUUGUCAGUGCCAUCAAGCUUGUCAUCAGCUGCAUACCAAACGCAAGGGUUCUCCCAUCCUGUGCUUGGGCCAAUGGGUCCAUCAUUGCCACAGUACCCGUCGUCAUACAGUGCGAUGAGUACUAUGACAGGUCUUCCAGGUGCAGUUGUUCCUAACAUCGGUUUGCAUCCAGAUCAUCGCACGAUAACAAAACCACAGAGUGAGUUAGUUAUGCCUGUUCAAAUACAGGAUAGAGAACCUGCCAGCAAUAAAGACCAAGAUCUUCUGACGGGAGGUUCCAGACCAACAACACCACUAUUGCUUACACGCAAAUCGCCAACAAUGGAUCAGGGAGUGCAAGUCAAUCAACUUGGAUUGACACCAAUCAAAAAGGACACAAAGGAACAGCAGAACAGAGAUGGGACUAUCCAGAACUCUAGACUUCAGAUUGGAAUUGAAAGGCCAAUGAGGACACUGCCAAAUCAACAAUACAGUCAGCAGUACAGCCAACAGUACAGUCAGCAGAGAGAUCGUGAAGUGGGUCAUGAAAGAAGUCGUGAUGUUGUCCAGAGGAAUCAACAGAAUGCAGUAACUCAACAAGCUCCACAACAGAUGCAGCCUUUGCCCCAGCGCUUACCACAGCAGCGAGGUGGCUGGGGAAAUAGAACAGGUGCAAGACGUAGCAGAGCCCGUGGAGGUGGAUUGGGAAAUGCUGGUGGUGGUAUGGGUCGUCAGCAAGUGGGAACACCAACUGCCAAGGGAAAAACACUGAAAUUUGAUAGUGAAUAUGAUUUUGAACAAGCAAAUACAGAAUUUGAAGAAUUAAGGAGCCAGCUUGCGAAGACAAAGAUAGAUUCAGAACCUGUCAUUGCAGGUGAUGGAAAAGCGAAUGGUGAUGCAGAAAAGAAAGAUGAUUCUGGAAAUGAGACUGGAAUUGGUGAAGGUGAGACUGAAGAAGAACAUGAAGUGUAUUAUGACCGAUCAAAGUCUUUCUUCGACAAUAUAAGCUGUGAAGCAGUAGAGAGAAGUAAAGGGCGUUCACAAAGAACAGAUUGGAGGACAGAACGUAAGCUGAACUCUGAAACAUUUGGAGUAGCAUCAGCACGCCGAGGUGGAUUUAGAGGUCGUGGUUAUUACAACAGAGGUGGUUACAGAGGUCAGUACCGCAACAACUUCAGAGGCCAAGGAUCUGGGAUACUAGGAGCUAACCGCAAUAGAAACAGCUCAACCAACAUGCAACAGACACCAGCUCCAAUUGCAAAUAGUACGCCUCCCAGAGCAGUUACUGUCCAAAGUAACUAAAACUGCGAAGACUUAACCCUUGUUUGAAGCCAGAGGUGGCUCAGCAGUCUGCACUGAAGCAGUGAAUAAAAUGAAAUUAAGCAUUUAAAUAAGACUGCAGAAAGAAAUUUAUUUAGUUGUUAAAUACAUGACCAUUCUAUUGUAUUAAAGACACUAGCAUGGAUUGCCUUUGAUUAAGAACUGACAACUUGUAAAAUUAUUUUUAAUUUUUGUUUUGUCACUAAAAAUAGAUGUACCUCAAUGUUUGCAGAACAGUAAUUUGUUUAAACAUUUGAGUGUCACAAGAAUACACACUCCAGAAUUUCUGUGGCAGGUCAGUUCUGAUUAUGAAGUAAAAAUUAUGCAAGUACUGUGAAUUUAAGGGAGACGAAAGAUUUUCUUUCUGAAAGUUGGGAGUUUUGCUGUCAACUUGUGUAUUUUUGUAAUAAAUUUUUUCAAAUGGAGGAUUGAUAAAUGGUGCUUGUAAGAAAUCUCAACUUUAAUUAGUAAGUGGAUUAAAAUGUCAGAUUAACAAGAGGUUUUACUUAAUGUUGUGGUGAAAGUACAAUCCAAGAGAAGACAUUUAGUUUCUGUACCUUAAUGUGGUGAUAGUUUGGACAUGUAUUCACAUUUUCUUUGCUGCAUGAAUGGUAACUUUUUGUUUGAAAUGUGUGUUAUGCACACACAUUUGAGCCUGCAAUGCAUAGAAGUUAAUAUCAUUUCCUCUGUUUCUCCCCAUCUUAAAAUUAGUUUCAAGUGUUGUGAAGUGAAAAAGUUGGAACAGGCUCUUGUCUAUCAACUUUCAAAACACAUGAACUGACUAUAUUUGACAAUUUUUUUUUUUCUGUGAUAAACUGACUCGCUGUGUGCGCUCAUUGCUUACACUACUUAAGAAUGUUGUUUUUGAUGUGAUACUAAACUAGUAACAUUUAAUUAAAAUGUUGCCAGAUGAUGUUACAAACUUUUAAGGUGUAAGUGUGUUCUAAAUACAUUUAGUUUUUAUUUCUGUUUUUUAGUGUAAAAUGUACUACAGGUGUAAGAAACUUU